CACCCUGAUAACAGCUCCGAUCGCACUCCCUCCUUCCCAUUCCAAGCGGGGAACAAACCCCACAGGCCGCUUUCAGCCGAACCGAAUCCGACACUCACCGGAGAAUAAAAGCAUACACAGGUUCUCCCGUGCUGCAGUGACGACAUUCGCGGUCACGAAAGAACAGUGGCAGCCACCGACAAGACAACAGAAAAGUCCAUCGAUUUCGCCUUUUUUACGCACGGUCCAUACAGAACCUCAUUUCUACACGCGCGACGGUUCUUGGAAGAAAAAAAAAAGACAGAAGGGCGAUAUCACGAUGCAGACAUCAAACGUCGACCUCUAAAGGUGACAUGAUCCACCGGAUUCUCAAACGCACCUCGCACUUUCUCAUCGAAAACGGAAGGUAACGCCUAAACUGAAGAAUACGAAUAUUUCACCGUGUUCCCUGGAUGUGCAAAUAAAAAAAAAAAAACCUUUGCCCAUAAAAGUAUUAUACAUAAAAUAUACGCAGGUGUCUGGGAAACUGCUCUAAGGUUUACGGGGAAAAAAAUAUGGCUACAUUAAUUCGAAGCAAGAUCUCCAACAAGCUGUCCAACGCAGCUUCGACGGUUACUAAUAAAUCUCAGGCGAAGGUAAGUGGUCUCUUCGCCAAAAUGGGCUUCCAGGCUGCCACUGAUGAAGAAGCGCUGGGAUUCGCAGCCUGUGACGAUCUGGACUAUGACCACAGGCAAGGACUGCAGAUGGACAUUCUGAAAAAUGAGGAAAUAGGGGAAGAAGUCGGUGCCGAUAACGUUGGAGAUGGGAAUAUGGAAGGGGACAGUCACUAUCAGAGAGAUGGCACAGGUCCUCCACCCCCUGUGGCAAAAGAUGGCGGUAUGUGUAGCGAAUUUGGGUCUCCAGAUAAACCGAAAAUCACUGCUUGGGAGGCAGGGUGGAACGUCACUAAUGCCAUCCAGGGAAUGUUCGUCCUUGGGUUACCAUAUGCCAUUCUGCACGGCGGAUAUCUCGGACUUUUUCUUAUCAUUUUCGCGGCAGUUGUAUGCUGUUACACAGGGAAAAUCCUUAUCUCCUGCCUGUACGAAGAAAACGAAGACGGACAACUGGUGAGAGUGAGAGACUCGUAUGUUGACAUUGCCAAUGCUUGUUGCGCGCCCAGAUUUCCGGCACUAGGAGGUCACAUCGUGAAUGUAGCCCAGAUAAUUGAGCUCGUCAUGACUUGCAUUUUAUACGUCGUAGUGAGUGGUAACCUAAUGUAUAACAGCUUUCCAAACCUCCCCGUCUCCCAGAGAUCAUGGGCCAUCAUCGCCACCGCCGCGCUUCUGCCUUGCGCUUUUCUGAAAAACUUAAAAGCCGUGUCCAAGUUCAGCCUGCUCUGCACCCUCGCUCACUUCGUGAUCAACAUACUGGUGAUAGCCUACUGCCUGUCGAGAGCACGAGACUGGGCCUGGGAUAAAGUUAAGUUCUACAUCGACGUGAAGAAAUUCCCUAUUUCUAUUGGUAUCAUCGUCUUCAGCUAUACCUCGCAGAUCUUCUUGCCAUCGCUGGAGGGUAACAUGCAGAAACCAAGCGAGUUCCACUGCAUGAUGAACUGGACUCACAUUGCCGCAUGCAUUCUCAAAGGCCUGUUUGCUCUGGUGGCGUAUCUGACGUGGGCAGAUGAAACCAAAGAAGUCAUCACAGACAACCUGCCGUCCGGAAUCAGGGCCGUUGUCAACAUUUUCCUGGUGGCUAAGGCCCUGCUGUCAUAUCCGCUGCCGUUUUUUGCUGCAGUUGAGGUACUGGAGAAGACUUUUUUUCAGGAUGGACGGCGCGCGUUUUUCCCAGACUGCUACGGGGGCGACGGACGCCUUAAAUCCUGGGGUCUAAGUUUGCGAUGUGGCCUUGUGGUGUUCACCAUGUUAAUGGCCAUAUACGUGCCGCACUUCGCAUUACUCAUGGGCUUAACGGGCAGCCUGACGGGCGCGGGCUUGUGCUUUCUCCUCCCGAGUCUCUUUCACCUCAAGCUGCUUUGGAGGAAGUUGCUUUGGCACCAAGUCUUUUUCGAUGUCGCUAUAUUUGUUAUUGGAGGUAUAUGCAGUAUUUCUGGUUUCAUUCAUUCAAUGGAAGGUCUCAUUGAAGCGUUCAAAUACAACAUACAAGAUUAGUCGCGAGAAACACCAUCGGACGAAUGGUGAUGUGUUAGAAGAUGUGUUAGAACAUCUAAACAACUGAUGUUUCUUAAAUGUAAUGUCCUCAGUUUUCACUUAUGUUCAAGCGACAACAUAAAGCAAAACCAAGAAACUUAUAAACAUGGUCAUAUACAAGCCCCAAAAAAUAAAAAAAAUACACACUGACAUUAAACUAUAAACGCAAAUAGCGUGUAUGUAUGUGUUAUAUAUAUAUAUAUAUAUAUAUAUAUAUAUAUAUAUGUGUGUGUGUGUGUGUGUGUGUGUGUGUGUGUGUGUGUGUGUGUAAGAUAUCAUAAUAAAGAUGCAUUUACAUAUAUAUUUUUUUCUGUAGGUCAGCCAUAAUUGUACAGAAUAUAUCGAAGAGAGAACUGUAUAAUUUCAAAACGCCCAGCAUUUCGAGCAAGAAAUAAGAUUUAUAUGUCUACGUUUCUGAUCCAUAAACUGCUCGACGUUAAUUUAAAUAAUGUAAAUAAUAAUAAUAAUAAUAAUAAUAAUAAUAAUAAUAAUAAUAAUAAUAUAAAAAUAUUUGGAGAUUAUAAAUGAAAAGUAUUAAUAUUAUGAAUUCUAUGGCGAAGAUUCCCUCUGGACACGGUAAUAAUUAUAAUUCAUGAAUUAAGAAAUGAUAAAUAGGGCUCCAUACAGGACUAUAUACUACUAUAGCUAUGCAUUCUAAAUGUAUGACGUUUCAUGCAAAAUGAAAUAUAAUCUGAGGAAUCGUAUAAAAGCAGCAGUGUUCUUCCGCACCAGAAAACGUACACGCUCGGAUGAAACAGAGCUAUGAUGCACAACAUGCACACUCCAGAACUGCUAACACAGAAGGAGGGAGGAAGAAAGAAAGAAAGAAAGAAAGAAAGAAAGAACAUUUCAAUUGGCAUGAAAUUACACAUGAGCGGUUGCAAAGCCGCUUAACACAAGAUCUAACGUCGAAUAGCUUAAUUUCAUUAUUGCUUUCCCUGUCAAUCGGACCGUGUGGUAUUUAGACUAAUACUGGCCUUUUCAAUGAUACUGAAAAUAAUACGUGUACGAAUCUAUAUUACAAAGAAUAGACUUGCGUGAGACAUUUUUCAUUUUGUCAGAUCUGAUGGUUGCUGUGAAAAUGUAAUUAAACCGUAUGUGUACUGUUAUUGUGGUUCACCUUACGAAGAUGGAAUGUACUUCACAAAGUCGUUAUAAUAUAUCGUGAUCAAUAAAAAAAAAAUAAAAUAAAUAAACACGAUAACAUAUUGUACAACUGUGCUUGUCCUUCUGUAAAAGCGAGAAACAAUAUACAGCAAUUAUAUACCAAUCCACUGUUACGAAUAUAAGCAAAGCAUAAGCAAUUGACAUUAUUUGUUGUAAAUCGGAUUAAAAGGUUUGAAUCUUU